AUGGUCCCAUGGCUGCACAGCGCCUGCCUCGCCACCGCCACGGCACCUCCGGUUCAGGUGGGAGCAAAGCCCCUCGGGCUGACCGAGUUGCACUGUGCGGAGCAGCUGCUGCCUGUGUGCAACUUUGAUGACUUCAGCUUAGAAGAUGCACUCGAACCUACAAAGAAACUUCCUGCGUCUCAGAAGCCUGCAUCACAUGACGAUGGCUUUAGCUUGGAAGAUGCUGUUGACCCUGGUGACCCCAAGCAAGAUCCACCUGCACGUCCUGGAGACACUGAUAAUCCCAAGCAAGGUCCACCUGCACAUCCUAAAGACACUGGCAGCAUUGACGAUUCAGAUCUAUAUGAUGGCAGUUUACCAGGAGGACGAGAUCGUGGCGGCAGCGAUGGACGAAAGGACUCAAAUCCAAGUAAUGGUGGAGAAUCUGAGGCUUCUCAGGGAGCAGUAGCUGGAAUUAUAAGCGCUGUGGUUGCUACUGUAAUUGGAGCAGUAUCUAGCUUCAUUGCUUACCAGAAGAAGAAACUGUGUUUCAAACAAAGCGCAGAUCAAGAGAAUGUGAAUAUGGAAAGCCAUCGUGGAGCACAAUCUGAGCCACCUGUACAGCGCACGCUUCUGGAGAACUAAACCAAGGAAAACAUGAUGGAGAACAGACCAUUAAAACUGGAUAGAGAGCCUGAUUUCUGCCUGAGAAAAAAAAAAAAAGGAAACCAAAAACCAUAGUGUAAACAACAGAGUCUGAAGUUGAAUGAGAAAA